AUGGGGAGUCUCAAGAGUGAGAUGAGGAGUGUGAAAAGUGAAUCGAGUCUAAAGACGGACAAUUCAUACUCCAAACUGCAGCCAACUUCUUCAACCGAGUCUUUAGCCGAUUCCAAGAAGACUCUUCCCUCAUCCACCGAUUUGGAGCACAAUAGCUUAACCCCAUCAAGCCUGAGCUUACCGGCCCUCAAAUUCGAAACCGACGGAAAUAUGGAAGUGCAGUCGCCGGAUAGUUCUCUAUGGGAGUCGUUUUUCUCCAAUCACUUGGAAGGGGACUUCAUGAUAUCAUCACCAGUGAGGAACAUACCUUCACCUCAAGCUUCAAACCUCAACUACAAUUACAACUAUGCUCAAUCAAUGCAUGGCCAAUCCCUUCUGGGCUGCUCUCCGCCUCGUUUCCAAUCUCAACUGGCGGCUUUUAGCAGCGCCCACAAAGGGAAGAGCUUCAGCCCACUUCACAGAGUGUUAAUUAACUCUCCAAACAAUAAUCAGUACAUGCAAACGGAGGGCUAUUCGUUGCCGGAUCUUGAGACCCUAUUGGAAGAUUACGAGAGAGGCGAGGAUUUGACAGCCUAUGUGCCUCUCAAGUCUACCUCAGGCCUUGCCAGUUCAUCAUCAGAUUCCUUUGAUGCUGUGGCAUUGUUAGACUGCUUGACACUGCCAAACACUUCGAGGUUCUGCGGAUCCAUGAAUAAUGAUGAGAGCCCCAUCCCUGAAACUGAAGUUUACCAGGCUGGUCCUGUGUCAACCUCUUCAUUGUCACAACAACUUCACCAAGAGAAGCAAGCAGAGGUUUACCAGGGUGGCUCUGUGUCACUGUCGCAGCAGCUACAGGAAGAAAGGCAGCAAGAGAAGCAACAAGAGCCGCCACCACAGGUGCAGAAUAUCAACCAUAAUGGUCUGUUGGUGCUUCCACCUCCUCCAAUUGGACCAGCUGAUCAGCAGGAACAAGAUAGUGGACUUCAGCUGGUGCACCUACUUCUUGCUUGUGCAGAGGCAGUGGCCAAAGAGGACUAUAUGUCAGCGAGGAGAUACCUUCAUCACCUAAACAGAGUGGUGACACCACUGGGUGACUCAAUGCAGCGAGUGGCUUCUUGCUUCACCGAAGCCCUAAGCGCAAGGCUUGCUGCAACACUAGCAACAAAGCCUAGCCCCUCCGUCUCAAAACCCUUCACUCCUUUCCCUCCAAACUCAUUAGAAAUCCUCAAGAUCUACCAAAUCCUUUACCAAGCUUGCCCCUACAUAAAAUUUGCUCAUUUCACUGCUAAUCAAGCGAUCUUCGAAGCCUUUGAAGCGGAAGAGCGCGUUCACGUCAUUGACCUUGACAUUCUUCAAGGAUACCAGUGGCCUGCUUUCAUGCAAGCCCUGGCUGCUAGACCUGGCGGUGCUCCGUUCCUCCGGAUAACCGGGGUCGGUCCCUCGCCGGAGGCGGUGAGGGAGACCGGCCGCUGUUUAACGGAGCUGGCCCACUCUCUCUACGUCCCCUUCGAGUUCCACCCAGUCGGAGAGCAACUCGAAGACCUGAAACCACACAUGUUUAACAGGCGGGUAGGCGAGGCUCUGGCUGUAAACUCCGUUAACUGUCUCCACCUUGUUCCAGGCAAGAGCCUCGGAAACUUACUGGCGAUGAUCAGGGAUCAAGCCCCGAAUAUAGUGACCAUCGUGGAGCAAGAAGCAAGCCAUAAUGGACCAUACUUCUUGGCUCGAUUCCUCGAGGCGUUGCAUUAUUAUUCAGCAAUCUUUGACUCAUUAGACGCCACAUUCCCACCGGACUCGGCGCAGAGAGCGAAGGUGGAGCAGUACAUAUUCGCACCAGAAAUAAGGAACAUCGUUGCAUGUGAGGGGCCAGAAAGGGUGAUGAGACACGAAAGGCUGGAGAGAUGGAGGAGGAUCAUGGACAGCAAAGGGUUCAAAGGGGUGCCGCUGAGUGCAAAUGCAGUGACUCAAUCGAAAAUAUUGCUGGGUUUGUAUUCCUGUGAUGGGUACAGGUUGACGGAGGACAAGGGGUGCUUGCUCUUGGGGUGGCAAGAUAGAGCCAUACUUGCUGCUUCUGCAUGGCAAUGCUGAUAUCCAUGAUCGUCCAUCCAUUUCCUAAUUACGUGAUUAGCACAAAGGAUUACGUACCGUCCAAAGGUGUCCUCAUUACUGGACUAUGCAUAGGCUGGUGAGUAUUAUCAUCAUGUAGCUAGCUAUAAUUAUCCUAUAAUUUGGUAGUACUGCU